AUGGAAAAUACUCACUCGUAUUCUCUUACACGGAAAAUACUUCAUGCCUUGGAGGAUGACCUGGAAGGACUAUUUAAUCUACUGUCUAAAUCUAAGAAGAAAGGCUUAUUUAUUCCUUCAUCUAUUCUGGUGCUAAUUAUAGAAGAUAAAAAACCACUUCCCCCUUCAAAAGUUCUUUGCAUGCGGUUGUUGCAAAGUAAUUUGGAAAUUGCAGAAGAAAAGAAAGAAAUCUCUUAUUUAGUGAGUAGUAUGCGGUUUAUGUUCCGGAUAUCAGAAAUAAUCAAAAUAGAUGCAGAAAAUUGGGAUGAUAAAAAUCAGAGUGAAAUAAUCCCUGGGAACACCCUGGGAAUACUUGAGUGCAUCUCGGAUAUUUUGGGGCAAGUGAAUUUUCACAGGAAAGAGGCUAUCUUGGAUGUAAUGCAGCAAGCAGGCAUAUUCUUAUUGAUUAAUCUGUGGUGUACACCUGGACUACUUAAAUUCUACAAUAAUGCACUAGCACAGACUAAUAUUCUUGUUAUUUCUGAUGGAAAAUCUGAAGUAUCAGGGAAUAGUAGGAAUGAAAUUGGGACAGCCCGGGAUAAAGUGAAUACGCCUUAUAGGAUUCCUGUGGAAGAGUCUCUGUAUAAUAAAACCACAGUAUUAGUGCACAGAAGAAGAUCUGAAUUCUUUAUGCCAAAAUAUUUCAGAAUGUACCCGGAGGUGCACACGGAGGCAUACAGAAGAAUAUUCUCAUUCCAGGAUGAAUAUGAAAUAUUCCAUAAAUCACUUGUAAAUUGGUGCAAAACAGCAGGAAAUCUGAAGGAAAUUGAAUUUGUGUGCAUCUCCCAUUUAGACCACCUGUCGACUAAGGUGGAAAAUGAGACGUACGAAAAUGAAGUGAUUUUUUGUCUGGGAGUGCAAUUCUAUUCUGCUGUAGAGAAUACUUUUGAGGAAGGAGAUGGGAGACUAUUAAAAAGCUAUGUGAAAUUCAUUAAGAAAUGCAGGGAAGUUAAGAAUCCUGUGAUUAAAGGGACUUCUUCUGUGGCUGCGAAUAGGAUUACCUUGCAGGCUGGAAAGUAUUUAGUGAAUAAGAUUAUUUCCCCUGGGAAAGAGACCAGAAAUAACCCGAAAUUAGAAAUAUUCAGGCAGAAGGCAGAAUUAGUUGUAGGCUUAAGUGCCCUCUGUGAUAUAUUUAAUGAGUUCGGAUUGCACUCUGGCUUCCAUAAAAUAAUCGAGAGAGAAAGUGGCAGGAUCUUGGAACUAUUGGAGAUCCAGCCAGAAGAAGAAAUAAUCGUGCACUGUACGUCUAUUAUUCGUGUGCUUAGUGUCCUUGAAGGAAUUCCAAUUUCUUUGUUUUCUCCUUCGAAAUUGUCUCUUGUCCUGUGGGUAUUAGAGAAUGUUGAAAUUUCCGACAAAAAAGCAAAAAAGUGGCUAGACGCAUACAUGCAGGAAAUAUCAUCCAUUUAUAAUCCAGCCCAUGAGAACUUCAUAGCCAGGUCACUUUGCUUCUAG